AUGGAGUGGAAUAGUUUCGUUUGUUUCACUGUCGAUAAAGAAAACGGUAGAGAGCCGGUGAAACAACAGCGGAAAGAGAUAAACAGAACGUGACGUAAGCUUUUGUUGUGCUUUUUGUCGGAGCUGCUUUGCCUUUCAUUUAAGUUUAAGCUUAUAUUGAAACCGUCCAUUUUACUUAAAUUCACUCAUUUUAAAUUGUGCAUUGAGAACAAACAGUUAAGAUUACUUAUAGUUCUUGGAUUACCUCAUAUCCUCUCCGUCAUUUAUGUUUUUAACAAACUUUUUUACUAAAAAGCUGAUACUUCGUUUUCGUUGUCAUUUUGCGGUAAGUGUGUAGCGGCAAAUUUUAGCAUUUUUGAAAGAUUUAAAACAAAAAGGACCCCAAAAUGAUGAAUGUCUCAGUAUGUAUAUAAUAAACACAAUACCACAUGGAAAGUGCUUUGUAUGGUAUUUACGCACUUGUGCUCACUCGUUUGAUUUCUGAUACGUCACCUACUCGUGCUUAAAUACCGUACGCCAGCACUUUCCAUGAAGUAUUCUCUGUCAACGUUGUUGUCUUUUUACUUUUUACGAUAAACGAAACGGGAAACGAAAACGUUGCUCCCGCUCAUUCCUUAUUUUAUUGGUGUUUAAUAACAUAACAAAAGUAAAUCGCGCGCUCUGAUUGGUCAGUUAGCCACUACCAUUUGCCCGUGGGCGCACGCCAAGAAACUGAGCUAGCGCGGUAAAAUUUAGGCAAAUUCAUCAAAUCUCCUCUCCUGACGGUAAAAUACACCGAUGAAAUACACAGAUGAAAAGUGGAAGUUGAAGAAAAUACUAAACUGUCGUUUUGAAGGAAAAAAGACAAAAGAUCAGGCGACAAAUCUGCCCUGGAUGAAUUAAUCACUGUUUUCCCCGCGGCUAGAAUUGGCUGAAGGAAAAUCGAGCGAGCGAAGAGUUAAGGUACAUGUUGUGUGUUUUUUAUAGAAGAGAAAGUCUGUUUGAAAUGUAAAUUUAUCAAUUAGCACUGUGUUAUUGACUUUUUGGUCCAGCUGAUGCUAAAUUCAAGCAAAUAUUUUAGGAAACACGCUCAAAUUCGAGACAGCUUAAUUGUGAAGUUUUCAUCGCAUCGAUUAAGGUGACUCAACCCAGCUUUUUUUGGGGGUGUACCAUCCUACUUUGAAGCUCUCUGGUAUCCCCACCUUUACUUUUAUCGUAAGUAUAACACAUAGAAUGGAUAACAUAUAGAUCAAUCUACAAUAUAACAUAAAAUUUUUGGCGAUCGGAGUAAAUGUCACGUGGUUAUAAUGCCACGCCCCUUUGAGGUCUGAGUCUGACUUUCAUAGCUGGAUUUCCCCCCGAAUUUCCCCAGACAGUUUUCGAUACAAAGCUUGUUAAUUUCUUUUUAAAAUUAGUGUUACCUGUUAUUCUAAAGAAAUUAAAGUGAAAUUUUCUCAUUUCUACUUUACGUUUAUUUCAAAAACUGUCACAUAAAGAAGCUUGAUAAUCAUUUCAUUUAUUUAGUUUUAGCUUAUUUUUUAGAGUCUUUUUAGUUGGUGUUUAUAGUUGCAGAUAUAGUUUUCCCUCAAAGUUUUUACCCUAAUAUUAAGAGCAAGUAGACAGAUGUCAUUCAGAAUAACAACGAAAAACGUUUUGCAAUUUACCUGAAGACGGAGAACGCUUGAUUCAGCGAAAGAAAAACUUAAAGGCAAGUUUUUGAAAAACAUAGAACAUGAUUUGUUUACGCGCGGGCAGAUGGCAGCAUACAUGAACUCGGACCGAUGACUCAACCGAAGGCAAAUGGAAAAUAAUGUUUUUCUCUUUUGAUUAUGUUAUAAAAGAAAUGGUAAACGCGCAGCGUGCAACCAUGGAGUUAUGGAUGCACUUGGGAGGUUUGCUAAGCACUCAAGAUAUAUAAGAAGCUAGAGUCGCACUCGGGACUCUUACGCUUCUUUCGUGCUUAGCAACCUCCCGCGUGCAUCCAUAACUCCAUGGUUGCACGCUGCGCGUUUACCAUUUCUUAAUUUUUCCACCAGAUAUGGCUACAAGAAAAAUAUAUUUUAAGUAGUAAGUAGCAGCGAAUUAGCCUGUGCACAGCCGCCGACUCCUCCCCUCAAACAAAAUCGGGGAGCAUUGGAUCCCAUCGGCCUAAAACUCCUUAGACUGUUCACAGUCCUCUCAGUUUUUCUGAUCGAGCGCUUUGCGUUACGGGCUGCUCGCCCCCGUGGUACAUUUGAAACUCAAGAUGGCCGCCAUUAACAUAAGACGCGCUAUAUCUCAACGAUGUCACGAAAAAAUAGGGGACUCUGAACAGUCUAAAACGCCCUCGGACACCUCAUGAAGUUUAAUAAAUAACAAGACGAACAAGUGCGUGAACCCGCGGCCUUCUUUUCAAUAGUUCAUACAAUGAUAGAUCGCCGGGAGGAAAGGUGCACUAUGCACCCUACAGCCCAUAUGAACUUUCAUGAUGAAUAAAUGGAAAAAAAAUCCUACCGGCUAGCAUCAGACUGGAAAGACUCGAACGUUCCAAAGGGGUUUACUUGAUUAUGACUGCAUAACAAUCGCUUCAAAGUAGUGUUACAGCUAGUUUUCUUUUUCUUUAAAUUAGCAUGAGCUUCAGUCACACUCUUAGGUAGUAAACUAAUAUUUUGAGCGAAAAACUUUGAAAUAACACCCUAUAUGAAGAGGAAGAGAACAUAUUGGUUGGAAUAAUUAUGCCAGGAUUUUAAAAUUUGUUUUGGUUGCUGAAGUGAUUAUUGUAAAUUGCUACAAAGAGAAAAAACCCAGAUCUUCCCAUAAGUAAGAUCUUUAUUCAUUUUAUUGUCACUCUGAUACAGGUACUUGAAAAGACAAACUACCGGCAUCUUCUUUUAGUUAAUUCAUCAUCAGAAAACUUCGAAAAGUGUUGUUGCACUUAUCGUUUGAUUUGGCCUCAAGAUCAUCUUCUCUGAAAAAAACUGAGUAAAUAAAUAAAGGAUAUGUCAGUAGAGCGGUUUUCACUUGACUGUCGUAAAACCAAAACCAAAGUAAAUACACUAGCCAACCAAAGGGCGUAGUAAAACCAAAACCAAAACCAAAACCAAUCCCCUUCGACAGUCAAAUGAAAACCGCUCUAUUUCAUUGCCUUGUUAUUGAUUCAACAACGAACAAUCAAAGAAGUAACCACAGUAAAACCCAAAUCUAUACCCCUCUGUACCUCGUUGAGGAUAAUCCCGAAACCCAAUUUAAAUACAGAAUAUUAUAAUCGAUUUGUCGAUCCUUAUAAUUCUGAUAAUUGCAAGUUUGAAUCUACCGUAGCUGAACACAGCACAGAGAAAAAUUUCAAGCAUAGAUGAUUUUGAAAUUUCUAAUAUAAGCCAUAUAACUAUAUGUUGGAUCUAUCACAAUGGAGUUUUGCAGAUCAAAAUUCGAUAGUAAGCAAUCGCUCAUUUUUCAAAGAGCUAUAACUUUGAUUUAAUUUAACAAUGAGAUGUUGUUUGAUCGAUCAAAAUCAUGUCAAAUUUUAGCAUUAAACGUUAAACAACUCUACGAGCUUUACAAACCUGCCGCUUCCGUGCGAGCUCGAUACAAGUUAAUCCAUAUAUGCCAAAAAAAGUUAAAGAAUAUUUCUCUCCCUCGGUAUAAUAAGUUUCCGUAUUUAUACCGAGACAGCCGGAAAGCACGAGACUUGGACCAAGCACAAACUUCUGCCGUGAACAGUCAGAUUUGUUUGUUUUGAUCAAUGAAAAUUAAUGCACCGGAACGGUAAUUAACUGCCACUUUCCUGCAACUAAGUGCAAACUAUGCUAUAUUACUAAAUAAAAGCAGUUUCUUUGGUUUUAGAUUUUCUAGCGUGUCUUACUGUUUUGCCAUAAAAAAAAUUAACUACAAAGCAUAAAAUGUCUGAGGUGUUAACAGUGACGUGUGUGGACUUGUUUACAGCCUGUUUACAGCUAUUUCGAGAAAGGUUGUCGGAAAAAAUGUGCACGCGACAAUCCCGAAAGGUAAUAUGGGAUAUGAUCAAUAACCUGUUCCUGACAGUUCCUGACACUGUAGCUGUCGAACCAGGGCGUUGGGCGGAUAAAGGUUGGGAGGUGAAACGAGCGCGUCCGAGCGAAAAGGUGUGAUGCAGUAGACUGGGACUCUGCAUAGAAACGUCGCUUGUUUUCGACUUCGGUCAGGGCCUGCGAUGUGGUUUGUCCAUUAGACACUGCCUCUCUCACUGAAUUAUGGCGGCUUAAUUUGUUUUCUUGCACUUCUUCCUCGUUACUUUGUGCUGGUACGCUGUCUCCGAGAGGCAAAUGUGGCUUUUUUUUGCGGGAGGUUUAAUUGGAGUCAGGUUGAAGUAGACAAACAUCUCUUUCAAAGGGUUUCUCUUAUUACUUCCAUGACUCUACCUCUGAAUUAUAUUUUCGUUCCACUACUCGCCGAUGUCGAUGUUAUUCCAACACAAAAACAACUAAGUACUGUCUAAAACACGAAGGAAAUUCUCAUCCAUGUCAUCCAUGGCAAAACUGAAAGACAGCAGAUCGUGUCAGGGACCGCGGAGACCAUUUUAAGGUGGUAGGGCUAAAAAAUCUGGCGGUGUUUCGCCAUUUAUCGUGCAUUUGCUCGCCAUCUUAUUUACCAGCUCAACAAAUACAACAUAAACGUCCAUACGUGUUAUACUAUCCAAUAUAGGCAAUAUGUUAAAUAAACCUCCUGAGCGCCGAAGCUUCUCUUGCGAUUCUUAUUGCGGGAAACAAACUCCUGUGUAGCUAUAGAGACACUGUCUGUUCUCCGCUUGUGACCAUUCAACACUGCUAGGUCACCCAUCCUGGAUGGAAGCCACGUCUUCAGACGCCGUGCAGAUGGGAAUGAACGUUCGUCAGCAGCGCUGGUUGCAGGCAGCUUACAGAUAGUUUGGGCUUUCUGAAUUAGCUUCUUUUCUGGUUCUGGAAACUUUGACACCGCCAACAGGAUUUCGUCAAAACAGUCUGACAGCCAUCUAAUCCUAUAACAUAACUUCCAAAAUACAGGGGCACCCAGCGUCAAUUUUCAAAAAAAUUCUGUUCGGAAGACGAUUUGAGAUCUAGAAAAAAUUUGUUGUAAAUUUCUUGCUUGCCUGCCUCUCCUAGGAUUUUCGAACAUCUAAAGAAUGGUAUAAUGGCCGAUUUUUAACGGAUUUUUACCCUAAAAAGGUCGCCAAGAAUUUUCGGGAGCCUUUUUUCUGGCUGAAAUUCUCGAAAAGGCAAGUUUCGAUCUCUGUAAUUUUCGAAUCACCAUACUUUCAGCUAGGAAAUCCGAACAGAUGAAAUAUUUUUAGGGGAUAAAAAUAUGCCUAUAUUACAGUUUAAACACUAAAAAUUAAUGCGUUUAACAAUGCUAUGUUUAAGUGGUUUUGAACUAUAUUCUCGUUGGGUGCCCCUGAAAAUACUCAGUUGCACGCCAAGGAAGCGCCCCUGUAUCAACAUCUUCUCUGUAUGAUACUUCAAGAAACUUGAACUCUGCCUCAUAUUGGUCACCAUUACCAGCUUUAACCAAGAGGGUCCCCAUCUGGGCGUAGGAGCUGAAGCUUUCCUGAUAGAUAGCACUGACGACAAGAUCAAUAGCCUCAUAAUAGACCCUUCUAAAGUGAUCUUUGGCAGUUUGGGGGUAGCUUCUUGCACCAGCACCAACCUCCAUUCAGUACCCUUAAGAUCCUUAGAUAGAUUAUUGGUGUGGGAAUGAAGCCGCCCUCCAAAGAAAAAGUCAAAUCGUUCCAUUUAGGUCUUACAUCCUAUUAUCCUUGCACGCACAUCGGGUUGUAAUCGUUCGGACAAGCAAACAUCCCACUCUUCCAUAAGAACUGCAUAGUUCUUAAGAAUUCGUCGAAAACAACUGGCUCUAACCGUGCAUCUUUUAGGGAAAAGUCCAAUAAUUCCACGGGUAAUUUUUUCCAUGUCAGCUAGAGCCCUGGAAAAUAAAUCCCAGCAAAAAAGUGGUAGGGCUAUAGCCCUUCCAGCCCCUCCCCCUCCGCGGUCCCUGAAUUCUGACAGGCAGCUGGACAGGAAUUACUUUACUCCGGCCUGCUCAUGAAGGCUUUAUCUCUGCGGGUUCGCCUUGCUUUCCGAACACCUCCUCUCUCCUCCAGACCACGGGGAUCCACUUUAGCCAUUACCAUGUAAACUAAAUCCCUUGGCACGCUCAGACCGUGUAUCUCUCGUAUUUUCUUAUGCAUGGCUCUGUAGCCGAGCAGUUUCCCUGGACCUGAAAUCUCUUUUUCUACUGCUGCUUCCACGUCAUUUACCUCGACAUGCAUUCGGCGUGCCAGACUUCUAAGGCUCCAAGCGUACAUGGGGUAAUCUUUUCUCCAGAAGUCUAAUAUUUCCAUUCUCUUUAAAUUCAGACUGACAAACUCAGCUAGGUCUUUUUUUUUUUAGAUCAUUCACAUUGUCAUCUUCCCAAUCGCUGUUUCUAAUCCAAGCGUCCGCCAUAUUGGGUCUAGCACCUGGGAAUCGAAAUGCAUUCUGGUCUAUGGCACAUCUGGGCCGCAACCUUUUUUUUUUUUUAUAAUUAUUAUUUUAAAAAUUUUUUUUUUUUUGCUAUGGCACUCAUAGGCCAUACUCAUUUCUCUUAUUAUUUUUAUUUUUUACUAUGGCACUCAUAGGCCAUACUCAUUUAUUUCCUUUUUUUAUUUUAUUUUCUUUUUUGUGUGAAUGAGAAAAUAAUAAAAAGAAAUAAAAAAGAAAUAAAAAUUAAAAACAAGAAAUAUACAAAAAAUAAAGAUAACUAAUCAAUAAAAUAAAAAAUUAUUGCAAAAAAAAUAUUGAUUUACUCUCGCUCUACAGGUUUUUCCUAUGGCACACAUGGGCCACCAUAGUCCUGUUACCAUUAUAGAAUAGUUACGCGAAGGUCUAGGUCAGGGAAAUUCCGGAAAGCGUCGUUGAUCAGCCCUCCACCAAAACACAUAAACAACGACGGAAGAUUCAACACACCUAUGUUGUUCCUCCCAAUUAGUCUAAUUACGCAAGUCCGGCUAUUUUACCUCUCCAUUUCCGGUGACAAGAAAGUGGAAUUUGAAAAACAAAAAAAAGGUAUUUUUCGUAAACUCAUCAGACGAUUUCUUGUAAACUGAAUUUACUUUCAUGCCAUUUAUGAAAGUGCUUUUUUUGUUUUCGGAGACAAAGGAAGUUGUGUACUUUUCCAAACAAACUCCCGCCUCCUGAAAGUGCAACACGUGAUCUUUCUCUUUGUUAUGCGCUUUUCGAAUGUUGUGUCGGUUUCCGUAUGUCGUUAUGACAUGUAUACAGCGGAUUUUAGCUUGCAGUAAUUCUUUAUUACGUCUAUUACAACGAAAUUAAGCCGUGACAGCAACGGAAAAACUAUGAAAUAUCGGUAGUUUUUCGGGCUUCAGUUGGUUGGGUACGUCACGUCGUAUCGUAUAUUGGAAAGCUUACAAGUACACGAAAAAAGUUUCCUUUUAGCUUUGGGAUAACACAAUCAUGGAAGUCGGGGGUAAGUAUUGCAUUUAGGUGAAUCAGUGCUUUAUUCAAGUAUCAAUGAGGGGUUCUCGGCUCAGUAGGUGAGGUUUAACACACUUUAAUAUUAUUUACAGAAAUAGGAAUGAGCUUACUUUCUAUAACGUUACGUCAUAUGAAGCAAAGCUGUAUGAAAACAUCUACAUACUGAUUUGCUUUAGAACCGUCCCAAAAAACUAUAUCAAGGUUCUUUUCCUUUGAUUCCAUCAUAAACCUACGUUCACCAGACGGGUAUUGCAAUUCCGACGUGUUGACGAUCGAGUCGGACAAGUCGAUACCGAUCGUUAAGCCUAAAAAUAUGCUUGUAUUUCUACCUGAGCUUUCUAUUUUAAGCUUAAACGUUGGAGGGUUUGAACAAAUGAGGUCACAUUAUUUCUUUUCAUUUUGUUUUGUCUCUUGGACAAAAAUAUCCCUUUAUUUCUGCCUCUAAGCUUAUAUAAUUAUGGAGUCGACGCUCCGACUUGUCAACAGCCUCGACCUUCUUUGCAUAAUGUCGUGCGUGCAUCAUCGAUGAAGCCUAAUAAGCUCGGUCGAGAGAUCAGUUUACUUGUAUUCAAAUCACCUUUUUUGAUGAGGAGUUGGUCAGUGACGGAUUUACACAAAGACUCGCACUUCAUGUGUAAUAAUGUGCGUGUACCACAAAAGAUUUUAAAAAAUUAGUCCAAUUUGUGUCAAAAUCUGGAACCCUUCGACUCAUGCCAGGACGCCAUACUUUAGCCUUAUAUUUUUUUAUUCAUCACUUCAUCGUUAGGGGACUGGAACAUCAUUUAUGUAAAAGCUUGAUGGAACCCAGAAUUAAUUUCCAAUUUUCAAACUUGUCAAUGUUAGUAUUUCCUUUUUCGAUCCAUAUACUAAUCAAUUCACCGACAAAACUAAUGAAGCGAAUAAAAUUCCAUCACCUCGGCGCGUGGAUGUCGUGUGAAUGACGUUAAGUCCCUGCCAACAGUUAGAAUUUUUUUAGGAUCUUUUCUGAUAGAAAAUAGUACAGAUCAGUACACCUGUAGGACCUUUAAUGAUGUUAAUUCUCUCAGUGGUUAUAUCGUGUUUGCUUUGGUAGGGCUAAAAAGUUGCAUGCUAAUUUUUGUUAGCUUGUCAAACUGUCGGUAUUUUCCAUCGAUUCAAAUUUAACAGGACGCUUAGUUUAGUAGAUGAACUGGUGCACUGCUGAGUUGUUGUAAAAAUAAGAAGACAAUAAGAUGCAUGCGGAACCACGCUCUUGAACAGUCUUAUCACUUUGUUUACUUUUACACAGCACAUGAAAUCAUUCCUGCUUCACCAGAUCGAAAUUUUUUAAAUUCGGCAAGGAAAUUGUUUGUUACUUGUAUAAAGGAUUGAUGGUUUAUUACAUCCAAGAGGGGUCGGGGGAUUUGGAGACAGGUUGGGUACAAUUUUUGAAGAGGCGUAAUUUUGGGGAAUUGAAAUUUCAAGACCUAGGAUAUUGGCAUUCUAUGUUAAAGUUGUUAAUCAACCAUAAUAUUAUAGGUUAAGCAAAUCAACAUUUCCUUCAAUAGUAGACAAAUAGUUACACUUGGGAUGCUUUGUCGGCACCAACCUGAGACUUCAAGCUGUACUUGUAAUUCUUCUGUGUACCUUUUUUUGACCUCUGCAGAACAGACUCCAGCAAUUUAACAAAAUUUCGACGUUACCACAAUGCUAAAGUACACACAGAUCGAAAAUACUUAGCCUUCAUUGCCAGACUUCUCCGAACUUCAAACCUUCUCUCACGCCAGUUGAGAGACGCACCCACCUCACAUGCAUCUUUGCUACAUUUUGGUAUCUGCCAGAUUGAAUACUUUGUGACUAGGCUUGCUCUAGGACUCUACAAUGUACUUAAACAGACCACUGGUAUCCCAAUUUGCAUAUGAAGUUAAUACCUAAGGAAGGAGAAUAAAAUGGAAUGCAGUUGAACCUCUAUUAAGCAGCCACCCUCGGGGUACUGCCAAGUGGCUGCUCAAUGGAGGUUCGUCAUAAAUCGGCAUAAUCUUUAGCAGAAACGUCACUUUAUUUUAAAACAAACGCGCGACAGGAGAGGCAUGACUGGUCCACAAUAAGCCGUCACCUUCUAUCUUGGACUGUAUUUUCCUUCAUAAUAUUCUUAAAAUGAAGCCAGACUAAGUGUAUCAAUCACUUGAUGGCUGCUUAAUAGAGGUGACAAUAGUGGGAAAACUCUCGUUGGGACAGCCAAAAGGUGGCUGUGGCCACUAAAUAGAGAUGGUUGCUAAUACAGGUGUGACUUCUUGUUGUUUUCUCUUAUUAUUAAUUUUUUGGACAGGAGGAGGGGGGAAGAGAUGAGGUCUGGGACCAUGAAACGAUGUUCUCACAACUUGCAAAGCAGUCGCCUUGCAUAGUGGCCAGCGGAUAA